AUGUUGAUUAAUGAUACAAAUGUAAAAUCGUUUCGUAUGACCAAAGUUUUUCGCGAAAAUACCGAGCGAAUCAAUGCAUGCGAUUUCAACAAAAACGGCGAUUUACUGAUUUCAAGCUCGGACGAUGAUAACAUUGUUGUUUAUGAUUGUGAAGCUGGAUUGCCUAAAAAACCGAUUCCAAGUAAAAAAUAUGGUUGCGAUAUGAUUCGAUUCACUCGUAGUGGCGAACAAGCACUCCAUUGUUCCAUGAAAGUCGAUGAUAGCAUUCGAUAUCUAUCGUUGUCAGAUAGCAAAUAUAUUCGUUAUUACACGGGACAUACGAAAAAAGUACGCAGUCUAUCUGUAUCUCCAAUUGACAAGUCAUUUCUUUCAGCAUCUGCUGAUCGAACUGUACGUGUGUGGGAUUUACGAAGUGCACUCUGUCAGGGUUUAAUCACAACACCAGGAAAUCCAGUUGUCGAUUAUGAUCCAGAUGGAUUAGUAUUUGGCAUCGGAAUAGAUUCACAGAUUAUUGGAUUGUACGACAUUCGAAAUCAUGAGAAAGGACCUUUCGAAAUGUUGAAAUAUGAAUGUGAGGGAGAUUUCGAAUGGACACACUUAAAAUUUAGUCCUAAUGGAAAAAUGAUCCUUGUUUCUACAAAUACUUCAUUAAUAUUGCUUGUUGAUGCGUUCAGUGGAGUACUUCUACAUACAUUCACGGGGCAUCAAAAUACAAAGAAUAUUCCACUAGAAUCUUCUUUCAGUCCUGAUUCGAGAUAUGUAUUCUGUGGUUCCACCGAUGGUCGCAUUCAUAUUUGGCGUACAGCCGACGGUGAAAAAUUGACCACACUAACGACUGACAACAGUUCAGAUUCUAUUCAAACAGUGCAAUUCAACCCAAAGUCAUUCAUGUUAGCAACUGCCUCCAAUAACAUGAUAUUCUGGUUACCUCCAGUCGAUGAUGAUUAG